UUGGUUCAUAAGGCCGUUAAAGCCCAAUUCACUAUUUUAUUUCUUUAAAAUCCCUUUUCAAUGCCGAAUAUGAAACCCUAGCAACAGUCUGUUCAGAACUUUGAAGAGCGGCUGCUCAGAUUUUGCCUAUUUCCCAGAUUUUUCUCUCAGUUUGAAACGAUGUCUACGGCUGGUGAAGCUGCUUGUUCUUACGCUGCUUUGAUUCUCUAUGAUGAUGGAAUUCCCAUCACCGCUGAGAAAAUUGCAACAAUUGUUAAAGCUGCAAAUGUUUCGGUUGAAUCUUAUUGGCCAAGCUUGUUUGCAAAGCUUUUCGAAAAGUGCAACAUUGAGGAUCUUAUAACCAAUGUUGGUGCUGCUGGUGCUGGUGCUCCAGUUGCCGCAGCUGCACCUGUUGCUGCUGGCGGUGGUGGUGGUGCCGCUGCUCCACCUCCUGCUGAGGAAAAGAAGAAGGAAGAACCAGAGGAAGAGAGUGAUGACGAUAUGGGAUUCAGUUUGUUUGAUUAGAAGUUCCUUUCAGUGCUUGAUUUGGUUGAUUACUGUUUUAAUGCAUUAAAGCUGUGACAGUAGUUGUUGAGGUUUCUUGGUAUUAUUAUUAUUUAUCUGCUUUUGAGUAAAAACUUUCUUUGAGUUGUAUGUUUGAAGCUUCUAUAUAUAAAAGUUUUCUAGACCAAUUUUUGCCAA